UUGGCAGGGGACCUGCGCGUGGAGCUGGUUAACCAGAGCUCCCUGGAGCUGGUUACCUACGACGACGGGCCCUACGAAGCCGGGGGGGAGAAGGACCAGGACCCCUCCCUCAUCCCUGUGCCUGCCAACAGCUACUUCGGUCUGUUGUUUAUGACAAACGUUCAUAGCGCAGACCCCGAUCAGCUGGUGUAUAAAACGGCAGAGCCUGGCGAGCGGCUGCCCGGCACCGUCGGCGACGUGGCCCAGAAUAGCAACUUAGGCUUCUCCGUCGACUCGGGGAAGGGCCUGACCCGGCAGGACCAGCUCAGCUUUGUCACGGGGGCGCCGCGGGCCAACCACACGGGGGCCGUGCUGAUCCUGCGGCGGGACAACGUGAACCGCCUGGUGCCCGAGGCCGUCCUGCCCGGGGAGCAGCUCACCUCCUCCUUCGGCUACGCCGUGGCCGUGGUGGAUCUGAACAGCGACGGCUGGAUGGACCUGGUGGUGGGGGCGCCCCACUUCUUCGAUCGGCAGGAGGAGAUCGGCGGGGCAGCCUACGUGUACAUCAACCAGGCGGGGCGCUGGGCGGGCGCCCGCCCCAUCCGCCUCAACGGCACCUCCCGCUCCAUGUUCGGCAUCAGCCUCGCCGCCCUCGGCGACCUCAACCAGGACGGCUUCCAGGACAUCGCCGUGGGAGCCCCAUUUGAUGGAGCCGGCAAGGUCUAUAUCUACCACGGCAGCAGCCUGGGCAUCGUCACCAAACCGGCCCAGGUCCUGGACGGGGAAGGCGUUGGGGUGAGGACUUUCGGCUACUCCCUGUCCGGGGGCCUGGACAUCGACGGGAAUCUCUACCCGGACCUGCUCGUUGGCUCGCUCUCGGACAGCGUGGUGCUGUACAGAGCCCGGCCCGUCAUCCACGUCUCUAAGAACGUCUCCCUCUCCCCCCCGAACAUCGACCUGGAGAGCAGGAACUGCCCCCACCACCUGGGCAUCUGCGUGGAAGUGCGAGCCUGCUUCAGCUACACGGCCAGUCCUGCCAGCUACAGCCCCCGUGUCACGCUCGCGUACACCUUGGACGCUGACGUGGACCGGCGGAAGCUGGGCCAGGCCCCUAGAGUCGCCUUCCUGGACCGGAAGCCCACGGACCCCGAACACCAGUUCUCGGACGUGGUGGAGCUGCCCCACCAGCGUGCCCCUGCCUGCGUCAAGGCCACCUUCCAGCUGCAGGACAGCAUCCGGGACAAGCUCCGCCCCAUCGUCCUGGUGUUGACGUACAGCAUCGAGCACGCCCGGAGCAAGCGCCAGGUCCAGGCCGCCGCCCU